UGUCCCCGCGGCGCGCGGCCGCAGUGCGCGUGCGCAGAACGGCGGCACCGGGAGCGGAGCGGGACGGGCUGGGGGCACCAUGGCCGUAGGAACGGGCACGUCCCUGGCGCUGUCGUCGCUGCUGUCGCUGCUGCUGUUCGCCGGGAUGCAGAUGUACAGCCGGCAGCUCGCCUCCACCGAGUGGCUCACGAUCCAGGGCGGGCUGCUGGGCUCUGCGCUCUUCGUCUGCUCCCUCACGGCCUUCAACAACCUGGAGAACCUCAUCUUUGGCAAGGGCUUUCAGGCCAAGAUAUUCCCUGAGAUCCUCACCUGCCUCUUGCUGGCUCUGUUCGCCUCUGGCCUCAUCCACCGGGUCUGUGUGACCACCUGCCUCAUCUUUUCCAUGGUUGGUCUCUACUACAUCAACAAGAUUUCCUCCACUCUCUACCAGUCCACAGCGCCAAUUGCUGCUCCUGCCAAAGCUGUUGGCAAGGGCAGGAAGAGAAAUUGAUGUCCUGCUGCCCCUUCCUGGGGCAGCCCUCUCCCUAUGGCCAAUCCAGGACAGCCCCCUGCCCAAUAAAGCCAUUUCUUUGUA